GUCACCGCCGCGGGAACCUAGUUGGAAGUCAAUGGCGGGAGAUCCAGGGAAGUCAAUGGCGGAUCCGGAGGCGAAUGAAGAGGAGGAGGAAGAGGUGGUGCUGACCCCGGCCCAGCUCAUCCGCCACCUGGAGCAGGCUUGGAUGAAUGAGAAGUUUUCCCCUGAACUGCUGGAGAGCAAAUCGGAAAUUGUCGAGUGCGUCAUUGAACAACUGGAACACAUGGAGGAGAAUCUGAAGAGGGCCAAGAGAGGCGACCUGAAGGUCAGCAUUCACCGCAUGGAGGUUGAGCGCAUCCGUUAUGUCCUCAGCAGCUAUUUGCGCUGCCGCAUCCGGAAGAUCGAGAAGUAUUUCCCCCACGUCUUGGAGAAGGAGAAGACCCGGGAAGAGGGAGAGCCAUCCAUCUUGUCUCCGGAAGAGUUCGCUUUUGCCAAAGAGUACAUGGCCAACACAGAGGCUCAUCUCAAAAACGUGGCUUUGAAGCACAUGCCUCCCAACCUACAGAAGGUGGAUCUCCUCAAAACAGUUCCUAAACCAAACCUGGAUUCCUUUGUGUUCUUGCGGGUGAAGGAGAGUCAGGAGAAUAUCCUGGUGGAGCCAGAGUCAGAUGAGCAAAGAGAGUAUGCAAUUGACUUGGAAAAAGACUCCCAGCAUCUGAUCCGGUACAAAACCAUUGCUCCUUUGGUGGCUUCCGGAGCCGUGCAGCUCAUCUAAACUGCGAGGAUCAGCUUGCAAUGAGCAGAAGACAUACCUUUGCUUGGCGGCCGCCCUUUUCCACCCAGCUGCAUUUCUGCGCACAAACUUCUAGUGACCGGAUGACUCUCAUUGUAACUCAGAUUGCAACCUGUGAUUACAUCUUGCAAAGAGAGAUCUUUCCAGCUGGUAUCUAAGCAUGAAGGCUGUUACUGCAGGAAGAGUUUAGUUUGCAGAAGAGAGAUUCUCCUAUCAAAUUGGUUGCAAAAAAAGAAGUUCUGCUGAUCUGCUGCAUCUCCAGCAGAUGUCACUAGACCUAUUCGAGAUACGACUGGUAUUCAGACAAUGGAAAUAAGGUAUUUUCAUGGCUUGGAAAAGUUACUUUUCUGGACUACAGCUCUCAGAGCGUGCCAAUUGUUACGGAGUUCUAGGUGUUGUCGUUUGGAAAAGUAACUUUUCCAAGGCCUGGCUGUGAGCCUUAUCUACCCCACAAAGCUGGCAGACUCCAAAUGUGGUGGAUUGUGGCUCCUGUUGUGCCGGCUGAAGAUGAUGGGAGGUGUGGUGCAUCACAUUUGAAGCCUGCGAACUUGUGGAGCAGGCUGCUGCUAGGGGUAAUACUGACAAACUGUUUAACCUUACACGCCUAUUCAAGAUGGGAUGACAUCUAGGGCUAUUGUGUUUUGUGGCUAAACAGCAGCUCUUUGGGCAUCUGGAUAACAUUUGGAGAGACUAAUCAAGGACUGACAAAUUUUUCAGACCUACAGAAAAUGUCUUGUCUCUUACAGGGCAAUAAAGAACAUGCACAACCUAAAAUACCGUACAAUAUUUUACAAGACUUUGUGUUUUCACUGGUUCCAAAAGUAGUACUCCGCCAGCAACACCUCUUCCUCUGUAGGAUCACCACAUUUUGCAAUUUAUCUUAAUAAUUCCACAAGAAAGAAAGGAUCCAGUGACCUUGAUGCAUCCUUUCCUUGUACUGUGGGUUGUGUCCAAGACUAUAAAUUCAUCAGCUGAAUGGAAACUGCUAAAUCCCUCUCCUGCUUCUGUUCUGUAGGAUUGGAAGACCCUGUGGAACAGAGGAGGGAGGUGCAGAGAGUACUCUUGCCUUAGCAAAAGUCUGCUUGCCUGACUGUAUUCUAGAGUGAUAAAAGUUGAUUCCUG